UGUCCCCCAUGCGAAACCCUGUGGCGGGAGGGCCUACGGUCAUGUCGGGCUUUAAAGUGGCGCCUGUGGAUGGGGGAUGCCCUGUGGCGCUGCCGCUCGGCGAGACAGUCAUAGGAAGAGGGCCCCUGCUGGGUAUCUCAGAUAAACGAGUAUCUAGGAAACAUGCUAUUUUGAAAGUAACUGGUGAUCAGCUUUGCAUCAAACCGGUUCAUGUAAACCCUUGUUUCUAUCAGCCAUCUGAAAACAGCCAACUUUUGCCACUGAAAACAGAUGAAUGGCACCGGCUGAGCCCCGGUGACAACUUUUCCCUGCUAGUGGACAAAUAUGUCUUCAAAGUUGUUUUCACUCGCACAGAGAUGGAAGGCCCUCAAAGCCAGAGCAGCGGCAACCCAGAUGCAGAAGAGAUGCCCCGAGAGACAUCCAAGAUGCCUCCCAGGCAGUCUUCACAACAACAGCCAUCCUCUUCUGGCCACAGUAAGCUUCUGGAAGCCCACUUCCUAUUGGAAAGACCAGCUGGAACUCCUCAAAAGCUUUCUGCUAGUGUGGCUGACCCAGAAAAGCCCAGGCCUGCUUCAAGGAAAAGGCAGCUACCAUCAUGGAUGCUUCAAGGCGAUGUAAUGGUUCCGAGUUCAUCACCCUUAGUCCCUGGAAGCGGAAAUGAUGAAGGAAGAAAUAGAAGGCCGUGGAAGAAGCAAAAAACGACAGCAAGUGAGCAGACUGCCCUUUCAGUACAGGGAAUAGAGGGAGGUGCUACAGAAUCUUUUGAGCCAAAGGUGGAAAACAGUAAUAGCAAAGUUGUACCUCAGAUACCUCAAAGUUUGACUGUGCAGAAUGAAUGCUCGGAGUCCAGCCAACCAGGACAUCAGGCCAUGGAAACCGAUACAAGUGCUAAAAGUGAAACCAAAAAAGAAAGCGCCACAUCUAAGAUGGGGAACCAAGGAAUAAAGUCUCCCGUUCACCAGGAUGAGAAUGAAGCAUUUCUAUUAGAUCGGAGCACCAAAACAGAUAUUUCAGAUUUAGCUGGAAGUUCAGAUGUUACACAGAGCUCUGACAUUAUCAAACACAGGAGGAUACCUUGCCAGUAUGGGAGAAACUGCUACAGGAAGAAUCCUGUACAUUUCCAGGAGUUUUCUCACCCUGGUGAUGACGAUUAUCAUGACCUGGAAGUUGUGACGUCAGCUGAUAAUGAUUGCCGACCCGAAUGUCCCUAUGGAACUGCUUGUUACAGGAAAAAUCCACAGCACAAGAAAGACUAUAAGCACUCAGCCCCCCCAGAACCUGAAAGAAGGCAGACAAGACCAAAGCCUGUUAAAAAAGGAAAAAGUGCCAUGGGAGAUGACAGUGAUAAUGACGGCGAACCCAAUGAGUACGAUCUAAACGACAGUUUCAUAGAUGACGAAGAGGAAGAAGAGUGCGACCCUACGGAUGAAGAUUCUGACUGGGUGCUCGAUUUUGAGGAAAGCGAGAGCGAAGAUGUUGACACCCUCCUGAAGGAAGGACAGAAGUUUGUUGAAACUGGGAAGUAAUUGGGGAAGUCCAUGUUCUUUGAGCAUCAUCAAUACAAGUUGAAAAUAUUUUAAAUCCCACUAAAAUACACAAAAGCUGCUGAAGCCAACCUAACUUAAAUGUUCGAAAUUUCAUCAGGUUUUGUUUUAUUUGUGUACUUCUUUUCCACCAGAUUUGUGUCCUGUUUGCUUGAGAUUGGCUUAGAAACUUAAAACAGCAAGAAAUGUAAAACAGUAAAAGAAACUUAUUUUUUCUAUUUUAGAGCAAAUGUGGAAAGUCAUGAAUAAAAAUAUAUAUAUUGAACUCAA